CUCAGGCUUCUUUAGACUGUAUGACAGUGAAAGAGAAGCAGACAACUAUGGCUUCUGCCCUCCGACGAGGCUUCAGGCAGUAAAACACAAGAGAGAAACAUUGAGCUUUAACUGGAACACGACGAGCUGCCCAAACCUCCAAGGAAGAACUGCCAGAUGAAGGCCACUGACACCUCCUCCUAUGAAGUCCCACAGCUGACCCAUGAAAACCAGGAGGAAUCAAAGAAUAACACUGAUGAAGGCAAGGAACCACGACGUCCGACCAUCAGCUCUAUGCAGCAAACUGCAGCCUCCCCAGCUGUCUCUGAAGAAAAGCUGAACCAGUGCGAGACUUACGAUGAUACGAUGCUGCCCAAACCUCCAAGGAAGAACUGCCAGAUGAAGGCCACUGACACCUCCUCCUAUGAAGUCGAACAGCUGACCCAUGAAAACCAGGAGGAAUCAAAGAAUAACACUGAUGAAGAUAAAGAACCAAGACGUCCAACCAUCAGCUCUAUGCAGCAAACUGCAGCCUCCCCAGCUAUCUCUGAAGAAAAGCUGAACCAGUGCGAGACUUACGAUGAUACGAUGCAGCCGCCCAAACCUCCAAGGAAGAACUGCCAGAUGAAGGCCAGUGACACCUCCUCCUAUGAAGUCGAACAGCUGACCCAUGAAAACCAGGAGGAAUCAAAGCCUGAAGUCAUGGAUGAGAGCCAGUCUGAGGUCAAAGUCAAACCUGUACCUCGUCCGAGGACUAAAAUACAACCGAAAGACCAAAGUAACGACACCAACAACUCUGCUGAUUCUGUAGACACAACCAGCAGUACAACCAAUGGAGAGAGUUCCCCGCUCAGUGAAAAGUCUGCAGUCUAUAAGAGGCCUGGUCCUGCUCGUCCCAGACCUCCAAGCAUAUAUUUGACUUCAAUUCUUUCAAAAACCAAGGCCAAGGAGGAGACCAUUUAUAUCAAUGCAAAACCUGUAACAACUGUGGAGCCUCCAGCUGAGGGCACUGAGAAAACACAAUCUUCUUCUCGACCACGGCCUGCACGCCCGCCUCCUCCUGCUAUCUACUAUGAGAGACUAACUUCUUCAUUGAAGCUUAAAUCUGAGAAUAACACUGAUGAAGACCAAGAACCAAGACGUCGGACCAUCAGCUCUAUGCAGCAAACUGCAGCCUCCCCAGCUGUCUCUGAAGAAAAGCUGAACCAGUGCGAGACUUACGAUGAUACGGUGGCCACAGAAAGACCUGCAGUCCCGCCUCGGCUCGGGCAAUCCACCCUUCCCUACUCAGCCUCAGAGUGUGACUAUGCCACUCAACAGGCCAGACCACCACCACCGUCGUUCACCCCGCCACCCCCACCUUCAACAGAGUCAAUCUACAGUGAGAUAGAUUAUCGACCAUACCUGGACGUCCUGCCAGAUGAUAACCUAAGUAUGAGGUCAACAUUUGGUUCUGCAAAAAACUACCCGCUUGGCUUCUACUCGUCUUACCACCAAAGCACAGAGGGCACAGAGGACAUCAGGUGGAUGUUGAGAUGGUUCAAAGGAGUGUCCAAAUCUGACUCGAUGGAUCCGCCACAAUAUGGCCUCAGUAUAGAGGAGGAAUCCAGAUCAUUCAAUCAGAGAGCCAUGAAUGUGAGAAAAGCCCUUCGUCUCUACAACCUCCUCAUGAUGAAACGCAAUGAAACUCUGCGGGACAUCAUCGCAGACUUCAACGUCAUCUGCGAAAGCCUGGACAAGAUGCACAAGCAGAAUAAAACUAUGGGCAUCGCGGGAGGCACCACUGGCGCUGUGGGAGGGGUGACUGCAGUGUUGGGGAUCGCCUUGGCCCCUGCGACCUUAGGUGCCUCGCUGAUUGCUACAGCCGUCGGUGCUGGUAUGGUGGCAUCUGCGGGGGGCAUAAAUGCACACAAAAACAAGGUCAACAAGAAGUUUCUUAAUAAGAUGGCAGUGGAGAAACUGGUUUAUGACUACAAGGAAAAUGUUGUUGACCUGGAACAUUGUUUGGAUUUUAUCCUCUCUGGGAUGAACGAGCUGAGAAGGCACGACAUUGCCAGGCUACAGAGGGCGGGAGCGCCGCCUGACGCAGUCAAGAUGGCGCAUCUGUCACAGUCUGUGCAUAGGAUGGAUGACGGCAAGAAGGUAUCUCACACAGGUGGGAUGUCGUCCGAGAGACUACUUCAGGAGUUUGCCAUGGAAAUCGAUCAGUAUUUCAAAGAAAAGGAUGAUCGAAAGCUGAAGAAGUCAUCCAGGAGCAAGUUUUCUGGAAGGGUUUGCAUGCUCGCAAAAAAUCUGCAGAGUGAACUAGAUCACCUGAAUCGUAUGUGGGAAUGUUCAGCUGAAUGA